AUGAAGACCUUCAUCUUCCUUGCUCUCCUGGGAGCUGCUGUUGCUUUCCCCACUGGUGAUGAUGAUGAUGACAAGAUCGUUGGGGGCUACACCUGUCAAAAGAAUUCCAUCCCCUACCAGGUGUCCCUGAAUGCCGGCUACCACUUCUGUGGAGGUUCCCUCAUCAACGACCAGUGGGUGGUGUCUGCGGCCCACUGUUACAAGUCCCGAAUCCAGGUGCGUCUUGGAGAAUACAAUAUUGAUGUCCUCGAGGGCGAUGAGCAAUUCAUUAACUCAGCCAAGAUCAUCCGCCACCCCAAAUAUAAUGCAGCCACCAUUGAUAAUGACAUCAUGCUGAUUAAGCUGAACUCACCUGCCGUCAUCAGCUCUCGAGUGUCCACAGUCUCUCUGCCAAGAGCUUGUGCUGCUGCUGGUACUCAGUGCCUCAUCUCCGGCUGGGGCAACACCCUGAGCAGUGGCACCAACUACCCUGAGCUUCUGCAGUGUCUGAAUGCUCCCAUCCUCUCUGACACUGCCUGCCGCAAUGCUUACCCAGGAAAGAUUACUAGCAACAUGAUAUGUCUGGGCUUCCUGGAGGGUGGAAAGGACUCUUGCCAGGGUGAUUCUGGUGGCCCCGUGGUCUGUAAUGGAGAACUCCAGGGCAUCGUUUCCUGGGGCUAUGGCUGUGCUCAGCAAGGCAAACCUGGUGUCUAUACCAAGGUCUGCAACUACGUGGACUGGAUUCAGCAGACCAUCGCUGCUAACUAA